CGAUCCCGGCCCCGUCGAGGCGAGCCUGAGCCCGGCCGCCCCCCUCGCGCUCUCCGCGCCCCGCCGCUCCCGCUCCUCCUCCUCCUCCUCCUCCUCCUCGGCGGCGGCGGCAGCGGCAGCAGCAGCGCGGAGGGCGCGUCCCGGGCCGGGAUGGAGCCGCCGCUGGAGGCCUCGCUGGAGCAGUCGGUGCAGACGCGCAUCUUCAAGAUCAUCGUCAUCGGCGACUCCAACGUGGGCAAGACCUGCCUGACGCUGCGCUUCUGCGGCGGAGCCUUCCCGGCCAGCACCGAGGCCACCAUCGGCGUGGACUUCAGGGAGAAGGCGGUGCAGAUCGAGGGCGAGCACAUCAAGGUGCAGGUCUGGGACACGGCUGGCCAGGAGAGGUUCCGGAAGAGCAUGGUGGAGCAUUACUACCGCAACGUGCACGCCGUGGUCUUUGUCUAUGACGUCACCAAGAUGGCCUCCUUCCUCAACCUCAAGACCUGGAUUGAGGAGUGCAACGGCCACGCAGUCCCUGCUCUUGUCCCAAAGGUGCUCGUGGGGAACAAGUGUGACUUGCGGGACCAAAUCCAAGUGCCAUCCAGUGUGGCCCUGAAGUUUGCCGAUGCCCACAAUAUGCAUUUGUUUGAAACCUCCGCCAAGGACCCCAAAGAGAGCCAGAAUGUGGAGUCUAUUUUUAUGUGCCUGGCUUGCCGGCUGAAGGCCCAGAAGUCUCUGCUUUAUCGGGACAUGGAGAGGCAGCAAGGGAAGGGGCAGAAAACGGCGCUCGUGCCAGAGGGUAGUAGUAAAAACACCUGCCCUUGCUGAACUCUGGGACCAUCCUUGGCCUCUUAAUGAGGGUGGGGGGUAGAUGGAUUUGUGCCUCGAUACACUGAAUCGAGACCUGCUUGUCUCACUCUUAAGUUAAUGUUAAAUUAAUAAAAAAUUUGUAUAACUUA